AUGACAGCCAUGAAGCCGGAGCAGCAGCCCACCCCGGGGGCCAGGGCGAGCCAGGCUCAGUCGGCGGACCAGGAACUGGGAAGUAACAGCCCUCCACAGAGAAACUGGAAGGGAAUUGCUAUUGCCCUGCUGGUGAUUUUAGUUGUAUGCUCACUCAUCACUAUGUCAGUCAUCCUCUUAACCCCAGAUGAACUCACAAAUUCAUCAGAAACCAGAUUGUCUUUAGAAGACCUCUUCAGGAAAGAAUUUGUGCUCCAUGACCCAGAAGCUCGAUGGAUCAAUGAUACAGAUGUGGUGUAUAAAAGCGAGAACGGACAUGUCAUUAAACUGAAUAUAGAAACAAAUACUACUACAUUAUUAUUGGAAAACACAACUUUUGUAACCUUCAAAGCAUCAAGACAUUCAGUCUCACCAGAUUUAAAAUAUGUUCUUCUGGCAUAUGAUGUCAAACAGAUUUUUCAUUAUUCGUAUACUGCUUCAUAUGUGAUUUACAAUAUACACACUAGGGAAGUUUGGGAGUUAAAUCCUCCAGAAGUAGAGGACUCCAUCUUGCAGUACGCGGCCUGGGGCGUCCAAGGGCAGCAGCUGAUUUAUAUUUUUGAAAAUAAUAUCUACUAUCAACCUGAUAUAAAGAGUAGUUCAUUGCGACUGACAUCUUCUGGAAAAGAAGGAAUUAUUUUUAAUGGAAUUGCUGACUGGUUAUAUGAAGAGGAACUUCUGCAUUCUCACAUCGCCCACUGGUGGUCACCAGAUGGAGAAAGGCUUGCCUUCCUGAUGAUAAAUGAUUCCUUGGUGCCUAACAUGGUUAUCCCCCGGUUUACUGGAGCUUUGUAUCCCAAAGGAAAGAAGUAUCCAUAUCCUAAGGCAGGUCAAGUGAACCCGACAAUCAAAUUAUAUGUUGUAAACCUAUAUGGACCAACUCAUACUUUGGAACUCAUGCCACCUGAUAACUUUAAGUCAAGAGAAUACUAUAUCACUAUGGUUAAAUGGGUAAGCAAUACCAAGACGGUGGUCAGAUGGUUAAAUCGACCUCAGAACAUCUCCAUUCUCACAGUCUGUGAGACCACUACUGGUGCUUGUAGUAGAAAAUAUGAGAUGACAUCAGAUACAUGGCUAUCUAAACAGAACGAGGAGCCCGUGUUUUCUAGAGAUGGCAGCAAAUUCUUUAUGACAGUUCCUGUUAAGCAAGGGGGCCGUGGAGAAUAUAACCACAUAGCUAUGUUCCUCGUCCAGAGUAAAAGUGAGCAAAUUACCGUGCGGCAUCUGACAUCAGGAAACUGGGAAGUGAUAAAGAUCCUGGCAUACGAUGAAAUGACGCAAAAAAUUUACUUUCUGAGCACCGAGUCGUCUCCCAGAGGGAGGCAGCUGUACAGUGCUUCUACUGAAGGAUUAUUGAAUCGUCAAUGCAUUUCAUGUAACUUUAUGAAAGAACAAUGUACAUAUUUUGGUGCCAGUUUUAGUCCCAUGAAUCAACAUUUCUUAUUACUCUGUAAAGGUCCAGGGGUUCCAGUGGUCAGCCUACAUGGCACGGACAACCCAGCAAAAUAUUUUAUAUUGGAAAGCAAUUCUAUGCUGAAGGAAGCUAUCCUGAAGAAGAAGAUAGUAAAGUCAGAAAUUAAAACGCUUCAUAUUGAUGAUUAUGAACUUCCUUUACAGUUGUCCUUUCCCAAAGAUUUUACGGACCGAAACCAGUAUGCUCUUCUGUUAAUAAUGGAUGAAGAACCAGGAGGCCAGCUAGUUACAGAUAAGUUCCAUUUUGACUGGGAUUCAGUACUUGUUGACACGGGUAACGUCAUCACAGCACGUUUCGAUGGCAGAGGAAGUGGAUUCCAGGGCCUGAAAAUUUUGCAGGAGAUUCAUCGAAGGUUAGGCUCAGUGGAAAUAAAGGACCAAAUAGCAGCAGUGAAAUUUUUACUGAAACAGCCAUACAUUGACUCCAAAAGAUUAAGCAUUUUUGGAAAGGGGUAUGGUGGCUAUAUUGCAUCAAUGAUAUUAAAAUCAGAUGAAAACCUUUUUAAAUGUGGAUCAGUGAUUGCACCCAUUAUAGACUUGAAGUUGUAUGGUGACUGUUUCUCUGAAAGAUAUCGUAUGCCAUCUAAAGAAGAAAGCACAUACCAGGCUUCCAGUGUGCUACAUAAUAUUCAUGGCUUAAAAGAAGAAAAUAUAUUAAUAAUUCAUGGAACUGCUGACACAAAAGUUCAUUUCCAGCAUUCAGCAGAAUUAAUCAAACACCUAAUAAAAGCUGGAGUGAAUUAUACUAUGCAGGUCUACCCAGAUGAAGGCCAUGACGUGUCUGAGAAGAGCAAAUAUCAUCUCUACAGCACAGUCCUCAGAUUCUUCAGUGAUUGUUUAAAGGAAGAAAUACCCAUAUUACCACAGGAACCAGAAGAAGAUGAAUAAAGGACCCUAUUUAUAUAGAACUGAAGGGGAUAUUGAGGCUCAAUGAAACCUAACCAAGAGACUGUAAUAUUGUAGAUGCUCCAGAAUUUCAAGGGCAGCUUAAGGAGAUGACACUGGAACAGCACACUCAGAGACAAUGAACUAGAAUUUGAAUACAGAAGUCCAUGUCUACUGUGUUACCAAGGGUGCAGAACCUGUUUCUUUGUGUAAGAAAGGUCAAAGGGUUGGUUUCCUGGGAGAAAUUAGUUUUGCAUUAAAGUAGGAGUAGUGCAUGUUUUCUUCUGUUAUCCCCCUAUUGGUUCUGUAAUUAGUUGCUCUCAUUUUAAUUUCAAUGGCCACCGUCAUCUUUGCAUAUAAUGCACAACUUAUCAGUACUACAGUCCCUGAUCUUUGAUGUCUGAGCUGCAAUCUAACACUUUACUGUACCUUUAAAAUAAGUGCAAUUCCUUCAUUGUCUAUUAUUAUGCUUAAGAAAAGAUUCAGUUAAUAAAAACCAGAGUAUUUUAUGUAAUUUCUGUUUAUAAAAAGACAUUUUUAAAUGGGUCACAGAUCAUGUAGAAAUAUGGGUUUCAGCACCUUCCAAAGUUCAACCAGUUAUCAGUAGAUACGAUAUCUUUAAAUCAACACAUGAGGUAUGUCUCACAAUAUGUAUACACACGUGUGCAUAUGAAGUCAAUCUAUCUUUACAUGUAUUCAUGCUACAAAGGAUAAACUUUUGAGGAAUUAGAAGAAACGCUCUUUUACAGUCUGUAAUGGAUGCUUUGUUUAAUGAGCCAAAUAUGACGAAACUUUUUUUUCCAAUUCAAAUUCUAGCUGUUGUUUUCCUAUAAAUGUUUGGGUUGUGUUUGGUAUUG